ACAGCCCCAAGGAAAUGCGUCACAUGCUCACAGAAAACUGUGAAGUAUGCAUACCAUGUACUGUGCAAAUGUUGUUCAACACAAAAAAACAUAUGUGCUAAAUGUUGUAAAUCAGUGGAUCAUGAAGAAACACUAGAAGAAGAAAUUAAUGUAGAUAUUAAGGAGAAACUUAAAAGUUUGUCUGAGAGAAAGCGUCGCACCAUACUCAGGUUAUUGAAGAAACAACAAGAUGCUAAUAAUACUCUUUCUCCAGAAAUUAUGGCAAAUAUAGAAGAUAUGUUGUCAAACAUUGGUAAAAUGAGUUUAGAUGAUGAUGAUUUUAAUGGGUUUUCAGAUGAGGAGUUUAAUGAUGUUGAGUCGCAAUCAACUGAUGAUGGUAGUGAUGUAAAAUAAAUAAAAUAUUUUAUUUGA